UUUUCUUUAACGAAAUGUCAAAUUGAGUAUUUAUUUUAAUUUAAUAAUUUAUUGAAACAGGAUUGAAAAUAAUGAAUGUUUUGUUGUGACAAUCAUUACUUGACAGUUAUUAAAACACAACCUAACCAAUGAACUCUAUAAAAAAUUAUACUAAAAGUAUCAUUUGAAACCAUUACUCACUUAAGUGCUAAGCUAGGCCUAAUUUUUAACCUACAAGCAUGUCGGGUUUCGUUUGUGUCCAUGUUGGAGCAGGUCAGCAUUCAAAUAAUUUAGGAUUGAGAUAUGAACAGCUCUGUCGAGAAGCAAGUAAACAAGGAAUAGAUGUUCUAAAGAGAGGAGGUUCUGCAAUUGACGCUGUUGUGGAAGCUACAAUGCUGCUGGAAGAUUCUCCGUUGACCAACUCUGGGUUUGGCUCCAACCUGAGCUGGAACGGACAGGUCGAGUGUGACGCGAGUGUCAUGAAUGGGGAGAAUUUCUCGUUUGGAGCUUGCGGUGCUGUUGCCGGUGUGAAGAAUCCUGUCGCACUUGCUAAACAUAUCUGUCAACAGCAACUUGUUAGUUUGCCUCUCGGACGUGUUCCUCCCAGUCUGUUAGCAGGAGAAGGUGCUUUCAAGUAUGCCAUAGAAAACAACAUCACAAUAGUUGAUUGUGAUUCACUUAUUAGCGCGAGAGCAUUAAAAAUGUAUAAACAUUGCAAAAAGAGAUUAUCCUGGUACGAUGAACACUCAGCAAAACUGAUGAAAACCGAAGAGCAAAUCAAACAAGAGAUGCAGGAAGUGUUAGAUACAGUGGGAGCAGUUUGUGUUGACUCUGCCGGGAACAUUGCUGCAGCGUGUUCGAGCGGGGGAGUGUUGCUCAAACGAGAAGGAAGGAUAGGUCAGGCAGGCAUUCAAGGCGCAGGCUGCUGGGCUCAAGGUGACGUUGGAGUCGUAACAACGGGCUGCGGGGAACAUCUCAUAUCCACCUGUCUCGCGCGGGAAGUAGCCAGAAACAUUAAGUCUUCCAAAUGUCCUAUUACUGCCCUUCAAAACACAGUACGAGAGGACUUCUUGAACUCGCCACUUCUUAGCAGGGUGGAGGAGAAGCUAGCGGGAGUACUGGUCGUAAAGACCUACGAGGCAGGAAGAGGGGAGAUGAUCUACGCUCACACCACACAGUCAAUGUGUAUUGGCUAUUCAACUACCAAUCAAAAGAAACCAAAGAGUAGAAUGUCCAGGUUACCACCUGGGUCCAAGCAUGGACAGUCAAUUGCGAUCGAAGGAGUUUGUUUCUGAAAACAUUAUGUAAGCUUUUGUAAAUAAAAUAGUUUAAAACCUUC